AAACAUGCCAAACAGAGUCCCCCUGUAUCUGGGUCUCACCCUCGCCGGCGCCGGAGGGUAUUACCUGUACCGGGCGGGAGGAGAUCCCCAAGGCGCACGACAAGAAGCGAAACAUGACGUCCAGAAAGCACGCGACAAGUUACCCACCACCUCUGAAGCGGAGAAAAAAGGCCAAGAGGUAGGGAGGGAGGUGGGACGGAAUGUGGAAGCGUUCGAUGAGA